CCAAAUCAAAUAAAUUCUAACCAACGCAAUUUAAAGGAACUAUCUUUAUUUUUAUUUUCCUAUCUUUUUUAUUUCUCCCUUCAAGAAUGGAAAUGGAUCAUCACCUAACUUCAAACAUGAUAGCAGAGUACAGAGAAGCUUUCAGCCUAUUUGACAAAGAUGGAGAUGGCCAGAUUACUAGCCAGGAGCUGGGAAUAGUAUUAAAAUCAUUGGGACAAAAGGUAACAGAAGCAGAGGUGGAAGAGAUGAUCCGUGGAGUGGAUCAUGAUGGGAGUAAGACAGUAGACUUUGAAGAGUUUGUAGGGCUAAUGCGUAAGAAGUUGAAGGAUAAAGAAGUGGAGGCGGAGCUAAAGGCGGCGUUCCAGAUUUUCGACAAGGACCACAAUGGGUUCAUCUCCGCCGCUGAGCUCCGCCACGUCAUGACGAAUUUAGGUCAGAAGUUGUCUGAGAACGAGGUUGAUGAGAUGAUGAAGGAGGCCGACGUUGAUAACAAUGGCGGGAUUGAUUACCAAGAGUUUGUCAAGGUCAUCGUAUCCAAGUUGACCUCAUUGACCAUCUAGCUCCGAUGAUUGAUCUGCAAAAUAAUCACUAAGAGAGCUAAAAGUAUAUUAGUCGGCUCGAGACGCGUCAGACGAUGUCCUAAGGAAUUAUUUCCGGCGUACGGAAAUUUCCCCCAAGAUAUAACGAGCACUUCGGUAUGACACCGGAAGCAGAACUAACGAGAAGAAAAUAUUUAUAUGAACCCAAUAAUCAUUUGAAUUAGAUACUUUUCCAAGAUGCUUGACACCUCAUGAGCCAUAUACGUUGCUCAAUCACUUGAAUUAGUGUGCAUCAAAUCAAUAUAUAUAUAUAAAAGAGGAACUUUUUAAGAGCAUACGGCGCGC